AUGCCCUCUUCAGCUCGGACAAAAGCCGGUCGAUCAUCAAUAAAACCAAAACAAGUAUCAUCAAAUAAACCCAAAAAACGUUCUUUAGACGACAGUGAUCAUCAAGAUGAUGUACAUAACGGCGAUCAUCAUCCACAAAAACGCACAAAAGCAGAACCCGAAAUUGUUGAAAACACAAAUGAUUAUACAGCAAAAAUAAAAGCACGUGCAAAAACUCCAUCAGCCUCAUCUGUAGUAAAUGUGUCGUUUCCAGCAUUUUCUCUUUCGAAAGGUGGUCAAGUAUUAGCUGUUGGUGAUAAUGGAAUGACACAAUUAGGCCUUAAAAGUGCUAUAAGUCAACGACAAAAUCCACAACCUGUUCCUCUACCUGAACUCGUUGUACAAAUCGCUUGUGGUCCACUUCAUACCGUGUGUCUUACAGAAAAAAAUCAAAUUUAUACAUUUGGUUGUAAUGAUGAACAUGCGUUGGGAAGACCCGAUAGUGAUGAUGAUGAUGAUGAAGCUGAUCAAUUUGGAUUAGUUGAUAUGAGUGGCGUUAUGGAUGUUAAUCAAGAGAAAAUUAUUCAAGUUGUUGCAGGUGAUAGUCAUACAUUAGUUUUAUCGGACGUAGGAAAAGUUUAUGGUUGGGGUACAUUUCGUUCAAGUUCAACUGGUGUUUAUGGUCUUGUGCAGAAAGGUGUAAUGGCUAAAACUCCUAUUGAAAUAAAAUUACCAGAGAAAGUUGUUAAAUUGGCUAGUGGCUACGAUUUUGUUUUGUUUCUCAGUGAAGCUGGACAUGUUUAUUCCUGUGGUAAUGGUGAAACAGGUCAGCUAGCACGAUUAAAUCGUUAUGCAGCUGAAGAUGGACUACGAGGAGGCAUUGAUCGAUUAAUUAAACCUGCACCGAUUAUUUACAAUCGAAAUGGAAUUAAAGCUAAAAAUCUACUAUUUGAUGAUAUUUUUUCGGGUUCACACCAUUUCUUUUUAAAAGUUAAUGGUCAUGAUUGGAUAUUAGGUGGCGGUUUAAAUAAUUUUAAUCAACUCGGUUUACCAGUCGAUGAACCAGUUUAUUUUCCGACAUUUAUUCCUUCGCUUGAAGGUAAAAGAUGGGUAAAAUUCUCCGGUGGACUUCAUCAUACACUUGGUUUAACUGCUGAUGGUGAAGUCUAUGCGAUAGGUAGACAUCAUGAAGGUCAAUUGGGUAUUAAUGAAUUGUCAGAACAUUUAAGUCAACCAACACUUAUACCGAACUUAUCGAAUAUCGUUGAUAUUGCAUGUGGUAAUCAUGUUUCAUUUGUUAUCGAUCGAGCCGGUAAAGUUUUUUCAUUUGGUGCUGGUACAUCAUUGCAACAUGGGCAUGGUCAACAAGAUGUAAAAGUUCCUCGUAUGAUGUCAUCAAAAUACAUGGAUAUUAAAAUGGCUCUCAAUAUAGCUGUUGGAGCUCAACACACAUUAUUUCUUACGCAUGAUAAUCCUACUACUAAAGAUGAAAAUUAA